AUGGUGGUCCCAGAAGCUAGGCAACCUCCGCCCAUGCGGGUCCCCGCCAACAAGCAAAACCUAAACAGAUAUUGUGAUUACCAUCGAGAUCAUGGCGACGACACAAAAGAUUUCAUCUCGCUAAAUAUAGAAAUAGAAAGGCUCAUCAAGAAUGGCAAGCUCACCAGGUUUAUGGCGGACCAGAGACGGGCGCCCCAUAUACAGGUGGGCCUCGCAUUCAGGAGGAUAGGAGGCCCCGGCCAUGGGCUAGUGGCCUCGAUAAUAGGAGCUGGAGAUUUGAAGAAGGGAGUCGUGUCCCCACAUGAUGACGCCCUGGUGGUAACCCAACUCAUCUGCAAUUACAAUGUUUAUAAAGUCCUUGUGGACAUUGGAAGCUCCGUGGACAAUCUCUACAUGAGUUCUUUUGAGAAGAUGGCCAUAGACAAAGGAAGAAUGUCACCAAUGAGAGCCCUGCUAGUAGGGUUUAGUGGAGAGAGGGUUCGCCCCAUCGGGGCAAUAUCACUCCCACUCAAGGUAGGACCUAAACCGACCCAGGCAACAGUCAUGGACGACUUUAUCGUUGUCAACAAGCCAUCCGCAUACAACGCCAUCAUCGACAGGCCGACGUUGAAUGCGUUAAGGGCAAUUGCGUCAACAUUCCAUUUAGCCAUGAAGUUCCCUACCGAUUCAGGAAUAGGAGUAGUCAGAGGUAGUCAGGAAGUGGCGCGAUUUUGCUACAACACCAUGUUGAAAGAACCUUGCAUAAAUGAAGCACUUGCGGUUGCCAUAGAGGCGCACGAUGAGCACAAGCUAUGCUAA